ACAACACGAAGAAGAACGGUGAAACGGAAGUGACAGCAGCUCCUUCUCCGAGGCUAGAUAAACAAACAAAAGCAAGACAUUAUAUUACACAUUUUUAGGAAUCUGGGCUCAUUUUCAAGUGUUUCUAUGCAUAGAUAUGUCUAACAGGAAUAAUUUCCUUCCGUGAAUUCCCAAUAAGUGAAGGCAAAGAAAGAAAAGAAAGGCUAGCAUUAAUUGUGCUAAGUUAGCUGGCAGGCUAUGUAGUUAGCUUGUAGCUCGUUAGCUCGUCAUGUUUAUUUUAGUGCUGGGGCGAAGGAGUGCGACAUGAUGGCGUGAAACUGUCAGCCAGUAGCUACACUCGCAAUUAAAGAUUGGAAGAUUGUGGGAAACUUGGCGCAAGUUUUAACCGGGAACUGCACUGCGAUCUCCACGUGGUCACCAUGGCGUGGGCUCUGAAGUUGCCUCUCACGGAUGAAGUGAUUGAGUCGGGUCUGGUCCAGGACUUUGAUGCCAGUCUCUCGGGCAUCGGGCAGGAGCUUGGUGCCGGGGCGUACAGCAUGAGCGAUGUGCUCGCCCUCCCCAUCUUCAAACAAGAGGAGUCCAACCUGCCUCCAGACAGCGACAACAAGAUCCUUCCCUUCCAGUAUGUUCUGUGUGCAGCUACCUCGCCAGCCGUUAAACUGCACGACGAAACACUCACCUACCUCAACCAAGGGCAGUCCUAUGAGAUUCGAAUGCUUGACAAUCGGAAAAUUGGAGAACUUCCGGAAAUCACUGACAAAAUGGUGAAGAGCAUCCUCCGCGUGGUGUUUCACGACCGGCGGCUUCAGUACACGGAGCACCAGCAGCUGGAGGGCUGGCGCUGGAACCGGCCCGGGGAUCGCAUCCUCGACCUGGAUAUCCCCAUGUCCGUCGGUAUAAUCGACCCCAGGGCUAACCCCACUCAGCUUAACACUGUGGAGUUCCUUUGGGACCCGUCAAAAAGAACCUCAGUUUUUAUCCAGGUACACUGCAUCAGCACAGAGUUCACAAUGCGCAAGCAUGGAGGAGAAAAGGGCGUUCCUUUCCGGGUCCAGAUCGACACGUUCAAAGAGAAUGAGAACGAAGAGUACACAGAACACCUGCACUCGGCCUCCUGCCAGGUCAAAGUGUUCAAGCCUAAAGGUGCAGACAGGAAGCAGAAGACUGACCGGGAGAAGAUGGAGAAGAGGGCGCCGCAGGAAAAGGAGAAGUACCAGCCCUCCUAUGAAACCACAAUCCUGACAGAGUGCUGUCCCUGGCCUGAGGUCACGUACGUCAGCAACUCCCCGUCUCCGGCCUUCAACAGCACACACAACAGCUUCCCGGUGGCAGAAGGGAAUGGAUCCCCCACACACCAGCCGGAGCCGGUGGUUCCGGUAGCAGAUGAACCAGCCGGUGAUUCAGUGCUUCUUCAGGCUGGAUGUUUGGCAGAGGAGGAAGAAGUAUUCAGAUCUUUUACUGCAGUAAAAGUACUAAUGCCACACUGUGAAAAUACUCCACUACAAAACUUGUUGCCCACAGCCACCCCGCAGGACGCACAGCAGUGGCUUCUGAGGAACCGCUUCUCCCCUUUCUGCCGACUCUUCACCAACUUCUCAGGAGCCGACCUGUUGAAGCUGACCAGAGAGGAUGUGAUUCAGAUCUGUGGGCCGGCGGACGGGAUACGACUCUACAACGCACUGAAGGGACGGGUGGUGCGCCCGAGGCUGACCAUCUACGUCUGUCAGGAGUCGCAGCAGGCGCGGGAGCAGCAACCCAAACCUGAGAACGGAGACGCUGCCGCCAACACCUUCUUUGUGUAUCACGCCAUUUACCUGGAGGAGCUCACCUCUUCUGAGCUGACGGAGAAGAUCGCUCAGCUCUUCAACAUCUCACCCCGACUGAUCAAUCAGAUCUUCAAACAGGGACCGACCGGCAUCCACGUGCUGGUCAGUGACGAGAUGAUCCAGAACUUCCAGGAUGAAGUAUGUCUCGUGUUGGACACGAUGAAAGAUGACACGAAUGAUGGCUACCACAUCAUCUUGAAGUGAAUACUGAGCAGGAGACCAGCGCUGCUCUCUUCUUUAGACCCGAUCCAGUCGGCCCCUCCAGCUUCACAUUCCUCGCCGUUCCUGGAACAUUUGGGGGGGGGGGGGGCGUCUGGAGGCAGUGAGGAGGAACCCAGCCCUCUCCUCACUUUACCUUAUUGUCUUACUUUUGAGGUAGUGACCACCGUGAACAGUGAUCUCCUUGUCGCCCUGCCGUCUCCCUCACACGUCCCGUAAAGAGGUUUAGCAGCACGACGGCUGCUGCUGCUAUCGCUGGUUGUUUGUUAGCUUAGCAUCUGGUGUGCCAAACCUCUGUGCUUCAGAACUGUGUGUCUUCUCAAAACCAAUAGUUACUCGGACAGGACUCGACCUUCACUGCUCUUCCUGCAACAAACACAGUCCCCUCAAAGAGCCACCAUCAAACGGGAAAGUGUUGGGACGAUGUCCGUCUUUCCCAGACUCCCCAACGCUGAUCAUUGUCGGGUCGAGUGCAGACAGACGCUUCCUGGUGGAGCUCGAAUGAUGAUGGAACCCCGUCUCCACCAGAGCUGUCUGCUGCGUGUGCUUCAUGUCAGAGCUGCAAACUAACUUCAACCAGCAGAUGUUUGAAAUCAUCCACCAGCAGUCCCCCGCUUCCCGUCUCCACCAGCGUGUUGAGCUCGAUCGUCACGUUCAUCGUCUCGGCCGUGUCAACAUUAUUUGUAAAUACAUUUCAACAUUCUUAAAUCAUUGGUCACACCAGAGAUGCACGAGGAAACAUCGUUCUGCAUACAGGAAGUCCAUCUUUGCAUCAUCAGCAUUAUUAAAAUACAAACCCAUGUACUGCCCGCCAUCGAUGUCUGUCUCCUUAUGUCUGCAAAAUAAAAACAUUUCAUUUCUUUUUUUUAAACAAUA